AUGCCAGAUCCUCCUCCAUCAACCACAGCCUCGCCCGCACCCGCCGCACCCGCCGCACCCGCCGCAACCACCACCUCGGCCGGCGCUGGACCGUCCCCGCUCGACUCGCUGUCGCCCACCGACCUGCGCAUAAAGCUCGAGCACGCCCGCAAGACCCUCAGGAACCAGCUCGACAAGAAGCGCAAGAUUGACCGCGACCUCGCCACCCUCGAGCAGUCGAUCUACGCCUUUGAAGGCUCGUACCUCUCGGACGCCCUCUUCUCCUCCUCCUCGUCCACCACGGGCGGCCCCAACGGCUCGUCGUCCACAACGGCCGCCCAGUUCGGCAACAUCAUCCGCGGGUACGACUCGUACCUCAAGGCGCCCUCGGGUGGCGGCAGCGACCGCCGCAAGAUGGGCGGCGGCGGCGGCGGCGGCGGUGGGCCCAACGACAAGGAGCGCAUGUUCAGCGCGAGCAGCGCGACGUACCACCGCUCGAUCGAGCUCCGAGCAGCAGAAGCCGCCGCGUCGGUCGAGCCCGAGAGCGACGACGACUCGGCGCGCACCAAGAAGCGGCGGCAUUGAGGCGUCCCCUCCCACAGACGUCUCGAGGUACGUCGGUGGGGCACAGGAGACGAGGGGCGAGGAGCGAGCGAGGGGCGCCUGUACCGGUCGAGGUGGCUCAGGUUGGGGUGUACGACGAGCUGUGCCGUGUUGUUAAGCUGAGCACAUUCUAGCCGAAGCUACAAGAGGUGCACCAGCGUGGGCCUCGUGAGGCCCCAGCACUCGGACCUUGUCCCGGUGCGAGAAGGACGGCGUCUCACCCUCCAGCCGACCACUUCCUCCUCCCCUCCUUCCACAGCGACAGCCCCAUCGCCACCAUGUUGCUGCCCGCCCCGUCGUCCCUCCCCUGAGCGCCUCGCACCUCGCGC